AUGCUCGAUGUUCAGGACUCUACCAAGCGCCAGUUCGGUCUUCUAGCCAGGAUGAUGGGUUGGGUUGGCGGAGAAGAACCCUGGAAUGAUCGCUGGCAUGAGUGCUUUGGCGAGGUGUACACCUGGCGCGCUUUCGAAUUUCUCUCAGAUUUCCCCAAGCCAGCCACCAGUACUAUCACCGAGGACGCUGCUGGUACUUCGGUUUCAAAUGCUACGCUCACCCUAAGCGACAGUGGCGGCGUCUGUGCGAGUGACAUAUGGCAUCAGUUCAAGGGUUUCGUCCCCGAUCCUGCAGCGAGCUUCAAGAACGAGUUCUGA